AUGACUAAAGGAGCUCAGACAUCACGUGAGCAACCACGUGAUAGGGUUCCGAUUUUGUCCUCAGUUAAUAGAGCUCCGCCAACCCGCAUCAAUGAACCGUUUCGUGCACCACGCAUCGAUCAUAGGAUUGCGCAGUCGAGCAGUGCUAAUGAUCCUCAAACUCCCACAGAACGCGUAGAGACUCGGCAUCGUGCGGAAGUGGCUGAUCAUGAAUUAGAGGAUGAGAAUUAUGACCCAGAGGCGGAUGAAGUUCCGUCGUUUGAUGACUACAUCGACAACUUGUUUGCUGCCCAAGAAGUCGAAGGUCAGCACAACAACGGGAAAUGUAAAGAUACAGAUUUCUGGAAAGUUACUGUUAUCGAGGACGGCGUGAGAAAAGCUUCUAGGCUGAGCAUGAAGGAGGCUAUAGCGCUCCCUUCCAAUACAAAGAUAGUACUCCCAUUUAAUAAAGAGCUGCAAUUGAUUGGUCAGGCCGCUAGAUUAUUCAGUGGUUUCUUAGGGAGUUUGGGUGUGGAUUAUUCCCAUUUCCCCAUAUGUGCAAACAGUUGGAAGCAUGUGAACAAAGCUAAGAAGGAACAUGCAUACGACAUAAUUAAGCGGGUCUUUCACUAUGAGAACAGUGUCGUAGGAAAAAUAAAGCGCGAUAUUAUGAAGAGGAUAAGAAAGAACUGGAGGGAUACAAGGCACCACUUGUAUCAUAGGUGUUACAAAGAAAUAAAGACUUAUGAGGAAAAUCUUAAGCAUCACCCAAAAGGAAUAGAAGAAAAUGAAUGGAAAAAGUUCAUUGACUAUCGUCAGAAGGAAGAAACAAAGAAAAAAUGUAAACAGAACGCUUUAAAUCGGAGCAAGCAACUUUACACACAUACUGGGGGCUCCAAAACAUUGGCAAGAAAAAAAGACGAAGUGGAGAAAGAGCAAGGAAGGCCCGUUGAUAGAGGAGAGUUGUUUAUCAUGACUCAUAAGAAAAAAGAUGGCUCGUAUAUCCAUCCCGAUGCGCGUGUUGUUAGUGAAGCAAUUGCGAAUGUUGAGAGGCAAGAUGGAUCCUCUAAGCACCUUUCACAAAAUGAUUCGCUAGCACAAGUUCUCGGAAAGGAGCACCCAGGACGGGUUCGUGCCCUAGGUGCUGGACCAUGUCCCACCCAAGUCUUUGGUAACGUUGCUAGACAACCGUCGGGUUCUGCAGAGCCCAAUGAAGAGUACGAGAGGAGGAUUGCAGAAUUGACGGUUAAGCUAGAAGAAGAGCAGGUGAAGAGGCAGUCGAUACAUAAGGUCUUGGGAUAUCUAGUCCAACAGCAAGGAGGCAAUUUGCCAGCUAAGGUUAGGGGUGGAAAAAGGCCAGGCAGCCUGCCAGGGGCCUGCAGCCUGGCCUGUAUUUGGCCUGGCCUGUUAUAA